AUGGAGGCGUCGGACGCCGAGGGCGCCGCUGCUGGGGGCCAGACAGCAGGCGGGGCGAGCGAGGCGGCGGAAGGCGCAGGGCCGAGCCAGGCGCGCCCGGAUCCUGCGGCAGAAUCGGAUUCGGCGUCAUCCAGCGGCUACAGCACCCCCCGGGAGCUGUUCUACCCGCCAGAGCCUCCCGAAGUGGACGACCUCGGCCCGGCCGCUGCGGCGCUGUGGAUUGUUCAGUACGCGAACGAGUGCAUGGAACGCCAGGCGAAGUACUACGGCACCUGGAACAUGGCCGAGCACAUGGGCCCGAUGGAGCACGUGCGCGCUCUUGGCCCGAAGUACGAGAGACCCCCCCGGCCCGGGCGGAGCGGGAAGCGGCGGGCCACCCGGGCCGAGGCGAUCGCGAGGAAGUUGAUGCGGCAGAUGGAGGAGGAGGAGCGCGUACGCGACGAAAUGCCGACGGGUGCACCACAGGGCUGCAGUGACGGCGGGGAGGGGCGUGACGAGGAGCCGGCGCGCGGGGCCGGGGGGCUGGGCCCAGAGCGCGCGUCAGGGCGAGAGGACACGUCCGGAGCCCGGCCGACGUGA